AGCAGUGCCGGCCGGAGCCCGCCAGCCACGGUCUCCGGCGCCAGCGACGCCGCUGCCGCUGUCACUAUGGCCCAUUACAAAGCCGCCGACUCGAAGCGCGAGCAGUUCCGGAGGUACUUGGAGAAGUCGGGGGUGCUGGACACGCUGACCAAGGUGUUGGUAGCCUUAUAUGAAGAACCAGAGAAACCUAAUAGUGCUUUGGACUUUUUAAAGCAUCACUUAGGAGCUGCUACCCCAGAAAAUCCAGAAAUAGAGCUGCUUCGCCUAGAAUUGGCAGAAAUGAAAGAAAAAUAUGAAGCUAUUGUAGAAGAAAAUAAAAAACUGAAAACAAAGCUUGCUCAGUAUGAACCACCUCAGGAGGAGAAGCGUGCUGAAUAGGAUUCUUCUCAGUUGAAAAGACACUGAAAAAUGGUUUUGUAUGACUUAAAUAGUUUGUAUAGUAUAUAAUCUUUUCUGAACAGAUGCUAUAGAACUCUUUUAAUAUGUUAAAUUCACCUAUUAUACUUUAACUGUUAAAAACACAUAUAUUAGAAUCACCAAUAAAAACUCAAUAUAACUUUCUUUGGGUCUUACAGCAGGAGAAUCCACAGUAAAUCCUGAAAACAAAACCAAACCAAACCCGUCAAAUGCAGCCAUCUAAUCCAUUACCUUAAAGACAUUCUGUUUAUUAAUCUGCUGAGGAAUGAGGAGGGUACAGAGGUUAGCAUGGGGCUAUUAGUUUAGUUCAGGAUAUGAGCACAGCUACAGUCAUUCUUUAAAAUGAAGAUGACACUGUCAUUUAUAUUGCUGUAGGCAGCUAGAGAGAGCUGUGAGAUUCAAGAUGCUUUUGCAGCGGGUUCCCAUGAAUCUUCUGCUCUUGUUUCUGUAAUGAGGAACAAGUAGCUCUUCUUUGCCACCACUUUGCCUUAGAGAACUGUGUGUGUGCCAGUCUGAACUCUGACACCACAUUUUCCUUCUAUGCAAUCGUGCCCUAUCUGAUACUGUUGCCUUGCUUUGCUCUGUGCCUCAGUGAGUCCCAGCUGCACACUGGCCUUUCUGUGUGGUGUUUUCAAUUUGCUUAAGAAUAGCAGUUACCCUGAUUGUAAUUUACAGGACUUUAAACAGGACCACACUGUUUUCCUGCCUUACUGCAUUGCUUAACUGAGCACAAAAACAGAGGCAAUAGAAAAUUUGGGGUUUGUGCACAAGCUGGGAUGCAAAGGGGAAUGAGCCAUAUAUUGUGGGAAAUUAGAGUUUGUGGGUAUAAUUACACAGUGCUUUUUUUCCUUAAAAUAUUUUUUGUAACCUUGAAUUCAUUUUAUCUUCAUUAUCCCUGUGAAGUAGGUAGGGCACAUAUGAGAGGAGACUGGGUGCUAAAUUUUUAGACUGAUGAUGUUAAUACAAAUUGUGCGCUCACUGUAGAACUUGGGCACAUCCAUUUAGUGUUCUGAGAUACUUCCUCAUCUGUUAAAUGAGAAGACUGUCUGUGCUGCCUACCUCACAGGGUUGUUGUGAGGAUCAAAUGAGAAUGUAUGUGAAAGAUCUGUAAAUGGUAACGCA